AUGGACCAGCUUCAGGUGAGAGCAGAUACAGUGGCCUUUGGAGCAAGCAUCACUGCCUGCGAGCGAGGUAGCCAGUGGGAGCAAGCGGUGAGUCUUCUGCGGGCGAUGGAUGGCAUCACAGUGCAUCGGGACGUCGUAAGCUACAACGCGGCAGUGAGUGCCUGUGAGAAUGUGGGGCAGUGGCUGGCAGCUUUGCAGCUCUUGGAUGCCAUGGGUGCAGCUACCAUCCAUCCCGAUGCGAUCACCUUCAACAGUUGCAUCUCAGCCUGCGAGAAAGGGCAGCAGUGGCAGGUUGCCCUGGUUCUCCUCCAGCUGAUGUACACUGUUGGCCCGCACCCGGACUUGAUCAGCUGCAAUGCCGCCAUCAGUGCCUGUGCCCAAUGCAGCGAGUGGCGGGUUGCUCUGUGGCUGCUAGGUUUGGCCGAGGCCCCCAAUGGCAUCAGCUUCAGCGCAGCCAUCAGUGCUUGCGAAAAAGCGUGGCAGUGGCAGGUGGCUUGCAGCCUGCUUCAGGAGAUGCAAGCGCGGCACGUGCGAAGCAACGUCAUCGCCUGCAAUGCAGCCCUCAGUGCCUGUGAGAGCUGUGGGGAGUGGCAGCGCGCCUUGGUGCUGCUGGCGGCGAUGCCAGCGCUGAGCUUGACGCCCGACAGCAUCACCUUCAACGCGGCGCUGAGCGCCUGCGCCUGCGAAGGCGAAUGGCAGUUGGCUUUGCACCUCUUGAGCUUAUUUGCGGACGAACGGCUGGGUGCAGAUGACAUCAGCUACAAUUCGGCCAUCAGCGCGUGCGCCAAAGGAGACCAGUGGGAACGAGCACUUUGGAUUUUCUCCAACUUCGAGUCCCAGUCUGUGCGCCGCGACUUGAUUUCUUACAAUGCCGCCAUCAGUGCCUGCGCCCGGGGGCGGCAGUGGCGACGCGCUUUGCAGCUGCUGGGGGCAAUGCCUGCAGAGUCGCUGGAGCCAGACGAGAUCUCGUUCAAUGCCGCCAUCAAUGCCUGCUGCAAGGGACAGGGCGCAGCACUGGAUUCUUCCUCAGGGGCCGACGCACGAAGUGCUCCAAGUUGA